CGCAAGCAGAGCAAUUAAUUGGACGUGGCCGAACGGACAGCUGCUCCAGAUCAUUUGAAGCCCACACAACAAUGUCGUCGCUACGCAAUAGUAUCCAGCGGCGAGCCCACCGCGAGCGGGCGCAGCCCUUCGAGCGCCAACGGCUCGGCCUGCUCGAGAAGAAGAAGGACUACCAGAAGCGUGCCAGGGACUACAACAAGAAGAAAGCCGUGCUCAAGUCGCUGCGCCAAAAGGCCGCCGAGCGCAACGAAGAUGAGUUCUAUUUUGGCAUGAUGUCGCGCAAGGGGCCUGGCAACCCCGUCACCCGUGGCAAGUCCUUCACCGGCACUGUCGACGGCGACCGCGGCAACAAGGCCAUGGACAUGGACACGGUCCGGCUGCUUAAGACGCAAGAUUUGGGGUAUGUGCGGACCAUGCGGAACGUGGCCGCGAAGGAGGUGCGAGAGCUGGAGGAGCGGUUUAUCCUUGCCGGAGGGACAGAGCAGGCGGACGACGACGACGACGACGACGACAACAGCGACGACGACAUGGGCCCGUCUGUGUCCAGGCAGCAAAAACCCAAGAAGAUCGUCUUCUUCGAUGGGGCCGAAGAGAGGGAACAGGCGCUUAGGCAAGAAGCCGAGAAGGAGGACGAUGCGAUGGCGGAUGCCGAGGACGAGGACGGCGAGGAAGCCGCGGAGGCACGCCGGAAAGCACAGAACCUGGAAAAGCUUCGGAAGAGGCUAAAAGCCGCCCGGAAGAAGUUAAAGACCCUGAAGGACGCCGAGUACGAGUUGGAGCUGCAGCAGGCCAAGAUGGCGAAAACGGCAACGUCAACAGGAGUUGGGAAGGAUGGAAGGAUAAACAAGGUGCGCCAGAGGAAGAGGUAGCGGGCCGGGCUCAGCCAUGUUUCAUUCCUUCCGACCCCUACGUUUUGUCAUACAAGCUCCAUGCGAAAGCAGCAAGCCUGCCCUCGCUGUGAUGAGAGAUUAUUAUGCGAAAUACCCAACGCCAGAAUCAUAACGACCACGAACGAUCC